GUCGCGAAUACGUCAACGCGAAUUGCUUGCUAGGCUUGCUAGUGAUAAAAUAAUCUAUACGCUUUUAGCUUUUACUCGGGUUUUUAUGAUCUUUCAAAAAGCUUGACUGAGAAAAUGGCACAUAACGCAGAUUUGAUCAAACAAGCGAUGUUCGAAGAAUUACAAAAGAUUCUUAAUCCAGAUGGUGAAACUCGUCGGCAAGCAGAAGAAAGAUUAGCACAACUUAAAUUUACAGAAGGAUAUGGCAUUUAUCUAGCGGAAAUCACAGUCAAUCAAACACUAGAUCUUGCUUUUAGACAAUUAGCUUCUGUUAUGUUAAAGCAAUAUGUAGAAGAUUGUUGGGCCGAAAUACCGGACGAAGGAUUCGAUAAAACUCUGAUAGUCAAUCCAGAAGCAAAAAUAGCUAUUAAAACGAUACUGCCACAAGGCUUAUAUGACCCAAAUAGUAAAAUUCGCAGUGUUGUUGCUUAUUCCAUUUCUAAUAUUGCUUCAUAUGAUUGGCCAAACGACUGGCAAGAACUAUUCGAUAUUAUCGUCAAAUGCCUUGGUGGCAAUGAAAAUUCUGUUCAUGGCGCGAUGAAGGUUUUGGUUGAGUUCACACUAGAUUUAGACAAACAGAUACUGGAUGUGGGUCCAAUGAUUAUAUCUGAGGUAUACAGAAUUUUUGAAGCGCAAUCGGUAUACAGUGUUUCUACUAGAAGCUAUGCUAUUAAAAUACUCAAUUCGUUGCUGAGAAGCGUAAACACACAUGUCGAGUCGAAGCAGGAUCAGACAAAUAUAUUUAAUCCAACGCUUCCUAUUUUUAUGCAAAAAAUGAUAGAAGGACUCACAGUUCCGAAUGGGUCAUAUAGCAGCUUUGAGUUGAAAACCGAAAUACUAAAAGCUCUUAAGCUCAUGAUAUCAGAAAUGCCAAAAUUUGCUAACCAAUAUCUCUCGGCAAUUUUGCCUCCUAUCUGGCAAUUAUUAACGCAGAUGGCUGAUCUUUACAUUAAAAUCGUGGUAAAUGAAACAGAAGAAAGCCCAUUUGCCCACAAUGCUGAAGGGGAUGAAAAUGAAGAUUUCAUUUCAAUGAUCUUGCAAAUCUUUGAGUUUUUACAUACAAUUAUUGAAAUGAAAAAAUACAAAGGCGCCAUUACAAAUGUGUUAACUGAUUUGAUUUAUAUUAUUAUCCUAUAUAUGCAAAUAACGGAGGAGCAGGCUCAAAGCUGGAGCAUCGAUCCAGAAAAAUAUGUAGAAGAUGAAGACGAACAGGGAAUAGAUUUUUCGAUUAGGAAUACUGCCCAUGAUGUGCUCUUGGUUAUUGGUCAAGAAUACGAACAUAAAUUACUGUCAUGCUUUUCUGAAGCGUUGGGAAAACACAUAACAGUUGCUGAUGCCGAUCGAAAUGCAGGUCAUUUGCAUUGGUGGAAGGUGUAUGAAGCGUCAAUGCUAGCUGUAGGUUCAUUUAAGGAACUAUUUAUGGCAAAUGAAACGACGUUCGAUCUGUAUCAAUAUAUGAAUCUUGUGGACAGCGCUAUGAAAUACCAGGUAUCACCUUAUCUAUUAGGACGCUGUUUAUGGAUUUUUAGCCGUUACUGUGACUGCAACGUAUAUAAUCGGCAUGUUCUAGAGAAAGUAAUAGAUACCACUAUAAGCAGUACUUCACUGGAAAAGCCUGUUGUACUAAAAGUAAUAGCGACAAGGCAAUCCGAAAUAUGGAUAUAAGAAAAAAGCUACGAGACAUAAAUUUACCAACACCGAAGGUUAUGUACUAUCAACCUAUUUGACCUGGCCGAAAUCGCGCGCGAGCAGUUAUUAGAUACCGAUAAACAUUUGUUACUAUACGCGAAAGCCGCCUUGAGACAAACGGGUUUAUUUUGGCAAUUACAUCAAAAACCAUAGCAGCGCGAGAUACCUUUUGGCAUCCUUCGAUCAUGAAAUAUACUAAAAACCUUAAACACUAUCGGGGAGCUGUUCAAAAGCUAUCAAGUUUUUGAUAUUCAAUAAUCAUAUAAUGGAAAUUACACGCGCGGUGUUCCUAGCUAUCCUCUUUCACGAUAUUAAUGCGCGAGAUACCUCGUUUAUAACGCUUCAAUAUAAGUCACGGUUUAUAAACACGUCAAUGUUAU